AUGAGCGCCCCCCAGGGCAUCGAGCUCGCAACCCUCGCGCCGGCCACCUUGCGCUCCUCGUCCGCCGCCGCCGCUGCCGCCGACCACGACAAGCUGUCGCCGUUCGCCGACCCGUCACGACCAGCGUCGACGACUGGCGCCAGCAGCGUCGCCGAAGUCGAGCUCGAGAGCCGGGGCAGCAUCGCGUCCGAGGACAUCGGCCACCGCCUGCAGCGCCUCAAGACGCACGACGGCGAGGACGAGGCGCAAGGACUGCCGCCUGUCGACGGCGGCAAGGGCGCGUGGGGCUUCAUCGUCGCCAGCUUCGUUCUCGAAACCUUCUUAUGGGGCUUCUCGUAUUCCUACGCGACCUUGCUCGUCUACUUUUCCUCGCACGACCCGUGGCAGAAGGCCUCCCUGUCGGCCCUCACGUCGAUCGGCACCGUCUUGCUCGCCGUGCAGUACAUCAUGCCUCUGUUCAUUCUCAACCUGUACCGCCGUUACCCCGAGCUCAUCAAGCCCAUCCUGUGGACGAGCGCCCUCAUCAACUGUCUUGGCAUGCUCGCGGCGAGCUGGGCGACCGAGGUCUGGCACCUCAUCAUCCUCAUCGGUAUCGUCGGCGGCUUCUCUGGAGCGUUCCUCUACGCCCCGGUCCUCAUGUGGCUCAACUCGUGGUGGGUCGAGCGACGCGGUCUGGCGAGCGGCAUCGUCUUUAGCGGCAUGGGUGUCGGCGGGUGCACGACGCCUUUCAUCCUGAGCGGGCUCCUCGAGGCGUACGGCUUCCCGACCAUGUGCCGCGCCUGGGCCGCCAUCACGGCCGGCGUCUUUGCCUUGUCGCUCUUCUUUCUUCAGCCGAGGGUCCCGCUCGUCAAGCCCAAGGGCGAGAGGGCACCCUGGGUCAGCUUGCGCGACUUCAAGUUUGCGACCGACCCGGUUGUCCUCGUCAUGACGGUCACGUCCUUCUUGAACAGCAUGGGCUUCAUACCCGUCUCGCUCCUCCUGCCGACCUACGCCGCCGCCCUUUCGUCGCCCGGCACGGCCAACAUCCUGAUCGCCAUGUACAACCUCGCCGGCUCGAUCGGGUCGUCCGUAACGGGCUACGCGUCCGACUACUCGCUGCCCCUGACGCUCACCGUCAUGGGCACGACGGCCGGCAUCCUCGCCCUCACGGCAUGGGGCUUUGGGUCGUCGUUGAGCAGCGUCUUUGCGUUCGCGCUCCUCUUUGGCGCCUUCUCCCAGGUCCCCUCGACCUGGGGCGUCGCCGCUCGCGACGCGGUCGGCGCCAACCCGCACGCGUCGAGCAUGAUCUUCUGCUUCUUGGGCUGUUGGCGCGGCAUCGCGUCGAUCGUCGGCCCUUUCAUCUCGACGAGCCUGUACAACGACAAGCUUGCGCACGACGAGCGGGCGGCGUACGGCCGGUUUGGAUUUAGGGACGUGAUCGUUUUCGUCGGAGUCAUGUCGAGCAUGACGGCGCUCGGCGGGCCGGGCAUCUACUGGGCGAGGCGGUACAAGGCGGCCAAGAAGGCGGCCGCGUCGUGA